AUGAGCGGAAAUUCACCCUUCUACUCUGACAAGUACGAUGAUGGAAAAUACGAAUACCGACACGUCCACAUCCCCAAAGAGUGGGUCAGAAUGAUUCCGAAGGGACGAUGCAUGACUGAAGAUGAGUGGCGCGAUCUUGGAGUUCAACAGAGCAUGGGCUGGGUCCACUACAUGGUCCACGAGCCCGAACCCCACGUGCUCCUUUUCCGCCGACCUUUGCCAAGCAAAUAA